AUCACGACAUUGAUAUAAAUAGUUAAGUGUAAACGAAUGCGCACAUGUUAUUUACAUCAGGGUAAUUCGAUUUUUAAGAAAUCAUCAACAGGAAGAAUGAAGUUGUUGAAAGUAUUUUGAUGGAUUUACGAAACGUUUAAAAACUAUUACGAGAAUCUGUACCUGGAUAUAACACUAUUGAAGAGUAGUUGAUGCACCCAAUUGUUUGACAGCACGCAGAUCACAGAUAUGGAUAUCCCGUCGAUGACAAAAGUGUCAAAAGUCAUUAAGCAGCUACGAUACAAGAGACGGGACGAUGACUACCCGAGUUUGAGUUCCACACCGGGGCCGAGUACUAAGAAGAAUAAAUACAACAGGCACAAGACCAAACCUCAGAGGGAUCUGGCGUAUGUAGAGAAACAUGUAAACAGUUGCAGAACGAUGAUCUCUGAGUUGAAGAAACUAUUUGAUGGACAGCCAGCUCUGCACAUUCACACCAGAGCGCAGGAAUGGAGGCAAGAACUAGCCGACGUUGAAAAGACACUGACGUUCCUGAAGACAGUGAUAGCUGUGGUUGGGGACACAGGGGCGGGAAAGUCCAGCCUGAUCAACGCAAUGCUCGACCAUCGCAAUGUCCUGCCUACUUCCGGCAUGCAGGCAUGUACAGCAGUCGCGGUAGAGGUUGUUCGGAAUGCAGAAAGCAAAAGUUUCGAGGCAGAUAUCGUGUUCCUUCAGAGCAAGGAAUGGUUUGAUGAGCUACAGAUACUGCUGAAAGAGCUUACAGGACAAGACGGAACAAUCAAGAAGAAUGUGCCUGACACGACAUCUGACGCGUACGUGUCCUACUGCAAGGUAAAGGCCGUGUAUGGUAGGAUUGACUCAUUUGAGAUCCUGUCCAAAAUUAGCACCGUUAUCUUCUGGCUCGGCAGGAACAAGGUCAUCAAGGAAAACAAUCCCGAGGAAUUCCGCCGCCAAAUAGAAAUAUACAUUGCUACUCAGGACUCAGGUACCGGAGGUCAAUAAUGGCCGAUAGUGAAGUACGUAAGACUAAGAAUGCCCCAUUGUGAUGUGUGCAGUAGUGGAGCGGCACUGGUCGAUCUGCCGGGGAUUAGGGACUCGAAUGCUGCCAAGUAUAAGAUUGCAAAGGAUUACCUGAAGAACUGUACGGCUGUAUGGGUGGUGUCCAGUAUCCACAGAGCAAUCGAUGACAAGACAGCCAAAGAGUUGCUUGGGGAUUAUUUCCGUCGCAAGUUGCUCAUGGACGGACAAUACGGCAAUAUCGCUUUCAUAUGCACCAAGACCGAUGUUCUUAUGCCGUCUGAAAUCAUCAGACCACUUAAGCUUGAAGAGAAAACAAAAAAAAUAUGAAGAACAGAAGGCCGCUCUUGAAAUUGAGGGCAUUAACGGCAAAAAGGAGUUGUCUGGACUAAACAAGAGUAUUAAGGAACAGAAAAAGAGGCCCAGAAACUGAGGGCCACUCUGACUGAGAGUUCCUCCCUGCUCCAACCAGCAGAAGGAGAACAGAAUAAGGAGCAUACGGAAGAGUCUAACACCAAGAACGCCCGGAUAAGGGAAAACGAGGCCCGGGUGGAGGAACUGCUUGGUCAGAAAGAGAAGGCUUGUCAGAAGUUGUAUUUAACCCGUUGGUGGAUUUCACGACUAUAAUGAUUUUGUACACCAACAAAAUGGACGACGAAUGUGAAACAUUGGACGUUUAAGCAAACGAUUUACGAAAUUAAGACGAAAAGACAUGCUUCCUUACAAUGUACAGUGCUUUAUUCAUAAAUAUGUGCAAUGUCACUUUAAGGAUGCAUGUCAAAAUCAGCAAAAUCAAGACACCAUGAAUGGAUAAAUACGGAUUCAAUAUGAACUAAAGAUAUUGUCCCUCGAGAAAGAAAUUACCCAAAACACGAAGAUGAUAGCCGCCAUCUGUGCCCUUGCCAAGAACACACACGAUCGCUCUGAGAUCAAACGAGACUUCAAGGCUAGUUUUAGAG